AUGGAACCGACGGUGGCGCCCGGCGAGGUGCUCAUGAGCCAGGCCAUCCAGCCGGCGCACGCCGACUCCCGCGGCGAGCUGAGCGCAGGACAGCUGCUCAAGUGGAUGGACACCACCGCCUGCCUGGCUGCUGAAAAGCAUGCUGGGAUUUCCUGUGUCACAGCCUCAAUGGAUGACAUUCGGUUUGAGGACACAGCUAGAAUUGGACAAAUUAUUACCAUCAGAGCAAAAGUGACGAGGGCGUUCAGUACAAGCAUGGAGAUCAGUAUCAAGGUCAUAGUCCAGGACAAGUUCACUGGCGCCCAGAAGCUCCUCUGCGUGGCUUUCUCUACGUUUGUAGCUAAACCAGUUGGCAAAGAAAAGGUUCACUUAAAACCUGUCCUGCUUCAAACGGAGGAAGAGCAAGCGGAGCACGAUCUGGCUUCGGAGAGAAGGAAAGUCCGAUUACAGCACGAGAGCACCUUCAGCAGCAUCAUGAAGGAAAGCAGCAGGCUCAGUGAUCCCGUUUAUGAUGAAGAAGAAGGAACAGCCACCACCAUGGGCACCUCUGUCCAGAGCAUUGAGCUUGUCCUACCGCCCCACGCAAACCAUCAUGGAAACACAUUUGGUGGGCAGAUCAUGGCAUGGAUGGAGACAGUGGCAACCAUUUCUGCAAGCCGCCUGUGUCAUGGGCAUCCCUUUCUGAAGUCUGUGGAUAUGUUUAAAUUCCGGGGACCGUCCACAGUCGGCGACCGCCUUGUCUUCAAUGCCAUAGUCAACAACACGUUUCAGAACAGCGUGGAAGUGGGCGUGCGUGUUGAGGCCUUUGACUGCCAGGAGUGGGCCGAGGGCCGAGGCCGCCACAUCAACAGCGCCUUUCUCAUUUACCAUGCUGUUGAUGACCAGGAGGAGCUCAUCACUUUUCCCAGAAUCCAACCCAUUUCAAAGGACGAUUUUCGACGUUACCAAGGAGCCAUUGCACGGAGGAGGAUUCGCCUAGGCAGGAAAUAUGUUACUUCCCACAAGAAAGAAGUUCCACUCAGUGCACAAUGGGAUAUUAGCAAAAAGGAAUCCCUAAGUAACACCAAUGUGGAAGCUCUCAAAAAUCUGGCAUCCAAACGCGGUUGGGAGAUUACCACCACCUUGGAGAAGAUAAAAAUAUACACCCUGGAAGAGCAGGAUGCCAUAUCUGUUAAGGUUGAAAAGCGUGUUGGCAGUCCAGCACACGUGGCUUAUCAUCUCUUGUCUGACCUCACAAACCGGCCUUUGUGGGAUCCCCAUUACAUAUCUUGUGAAGUCAUAGACCAGGUGAGCGAGGACGAUCAGAUAUAUUACAUCACCUGCUCAGUGGUAAACGGAGACAAACCCAAGGACUUUGUAGUACUUAUGUCACGAAGAAAGCCCCUCAAAGACGACAACACCUACACCGUGGCACUAACGUCAGUUAUGCUGCCGUCUGCCCCACCAUCUCCACAGUACAUCAGAAGCCAGGUCAUCUGUGCUGGGUUUCUCAUCCAGGCCGUCGACAGCAGUUCAUGCACCGUGGCAUACCUGAACCAGAUGUCAGACAGCAUACUCCCUUACUUUGCUGGCAAUAUUGGUGGCUGGUCAAAAUCCAUUGAGGAAGCUGCAGCCUCUUGUAUAAAAUUCAUAGAGAAUGCCACUCAUGAUGGACUUAAAAGUGUGUUAUAA